UGUCGAGUUAGUGAGACUCUCAGCCCUAACAAUGGAUCCUCUACUCCAAUUCCUAUUGACUCUGUUGUCUUGCCUCUUUGCUUUGCUAGUAUGUAUCUGUUUUCAGUACUUGAGAAGCCAAAUUAUUCGUGAGAAAACGAAAAAGACCUGUACUGCGCCUCAAGCUGGUGGCGCUUGGCCUAUUAUAGGCCAUAUGCACCUACUCGGCGGCCGGCAACUGAUCCACAAAACACUGGGUGCCAUGGCUGACAAAUACGGACCAGUUUUUACUAUUAGGUUGGGUUCUCACAGAGUUUUGGUUCUGAAUAGUUGGGAAAUGGCCAGAGAGUGUUUCACUGUCCAUGACAAGGUUUUCUCCACCAGACCGAGCAUUGCAGCCUCAAAGUUGUUGGGAUAUGACUAUGCUAUGUUUGGGUUUGCUCCAUAUGGAUCAUACUGGCGUGAGAUGCGCAAGAUAGCUACAGUUGAGCUUUUGUCGAAUCAUCGGCUUGAUAUGCUGAAGCAUAUACGAGCUUCAGAGGUGGGAACUGCGAUCAAGGAAUUGUACCAGUUCUGGGUUAGCAAAGGCAGUGCAGAAAGUGGAGUUCUUGUGGACAUGAAGCAAUGGUUUGGGGAUUUGACACAGAAUCUUGCUUUAAGAAUCGUUGGAGGAAAGCGAUACUUCGGAACCAAUGCUGAUUUUGAUGAAGAUGAGGCACGUCGCUUUCAGAAAGUGAUGAGGGAAUUUUUUCAUCUGUUUGGUGUGUUUGUGUUGUCUGAUGCAAUACCGUUUCUGGGGUGGUUGGAUUUAAAUAGAUAUGAGAAAAGGAUGAAGAGAACUGCAAAACAAUUGGACGCUCUAGUUGGAGGGUGGCUGGAGGAGCAUAAACAGAAGAAGUUGUGUGAUGGGAAGAGAGUAGAAGAGCAGGAUUUUAUGGAUGUGAUGCUCAACACCCUCGAAGAUGCCCAGAUUUCAGGAUUUGAUGCUGACACCAUCAACAAGGCUACUUCCCUGGUAAGUUCUUCGUGACUUUCAUCUCUUUCACAACGAGUCCCAAGGUAAAAACUUGACGGGUGAUAGCUAAACCAACCAAAACAAACAGAAAAUAGAGAAACACAGUAAGAAAUCCUGAAAAAUAUGAAUAUAAUUCAAUACUCAAGGGAUCAAAACAUUUUUUUUUUUUUUGUCGCAUAAACUUUUCACUUUCAAGGCUAUAUCGAGGAAUCCUUAGGGACUGGCUCAACUGUUAAGGGCUUUGGUCUUGGGGAUAUGCCCCAAGUUUAAGGUUUGGAUCAUUGA